UUCCCACUAUAUAAGAAGAUCAAUGAAUCACACACUCUCAAGUAUCCAAGUGCCUAUAGUAUCUUUCAACAACAUUUCUAACUAAGCCAUAUAUCCCAUCUUGGUGCCAUGGUCCAACAGAAGAAGCUAGUGGACGAAGUGUCCGGUUGGCUUAGAAUUUACAAUGAUGGUUCGGUAGACCGAACAUGGACCGGACCGCCCGAGGUCACGUUCAUGAUUGAACCGGUUGCUCCCCAUGAACAAUUCAUUGAAGGAGUUGCCAUCCGUGACGUAACAACCACGACCUCCACCACCACCAACACCCAGGAUGGUUCCAUCCAUCGUGCCCGGCUAUAUCUACCGGAGAAAACACCCGAGGACAAUAAAAAACUACCAAUACUCCUCCAUUUUCAAGGUGGAGGUUUCUGCAUUAGUGAACCAAAUUGGUUCAUGUACUACCAUGUCUACACCGAGCUAGUCCGGUCCACUCGAUCCAUUUGUGUCUCUCCGUACCUACGGAGAGCUCCUGAGCACCGUCUUCCUGCUGCCAUUGAUGAUGGGUUUGCUACGCUCCAAUGGCUUCAAUCAGUGGCCAAGGGAGACGUACGUGACCCGUGGCUUGAGGAACAUGGUGACUUUGACAAAAUUUUCCUCAUAGGAGAUAGUUCUGGAGGAAACAUAGUCCAUGAAGUGGCAGCUAGAGCUGGUUCGGUUGACCUGACCCCAGUUCGGCUUGCAGGAGCAAUUCCCAUCCAUCCUGGGUUUGUCAGGUCAUACCGAAGCCGGUCUGAAAUUGAAAUGCCACAAUCACCAUUUCUAACAUUGGAUAUGUUGGACAAGUUCUUGGGCUUGGCACUACCAAUUGGGAGCAACAAGGAUCACCCCUUCACAUGCCCGAUGGGCUCGGGGGCACCACCACUCGAUGGAUUGAAACUGCCGCCAUUUCUUUUGUGCCUAGCAGAAAAUGAUUUGCUGAAGGACACAGAAAUGGAGUACUAUGAAGCAAUGAAGAAGGCCAAUAAAGAAGUGGACCUGUUUGUGAGCAAGGGAAUGACUCAUAGUUUCUAUCUCAACAAGAUUGCUGUGGAUUUAGACCCCACUGUCGGUGCCCAAAUGAAUGCACUCAUUGGUAGGGUCAAAGAAUUCAUUGAGAAGCACUAAAUGUUGAAGAUCUUUCUUGUUUAGGGUUGUUUUCUUCUGAGAGAAAAACUUUGAGCAACAAUAAUUUACAACUUUGUUUACGGUUGUUUUGUCAUGUAGUGGGGGUAUUAUUGAUCAGAUAGCAUUUUCUGCUUUUGUUGUUAUACUUCUUCGCACAUGGUGCAAUUGAGUGGUACACUUUCUGAUCAAUUAUAAGCAAAAAUUUACAUUUUAGUUCAAUCAAUAAAUGAUAUACGUAGUCUUUAAUAUAGGCUACAUACAUUAUUUAUUGAAUAAAUCUAAAAUGUUAAAUUUUAUUUAUAAUAAUAAUAGUGGGCGGAGUGUAUAACUAUUUUUUAGGUAUGAAAUUGCUGCUGUCUCUUUUAUUUUAAUAUUAAAUAAAAUAAAAAGUGUAUUUUAUUUUA